GAGAGAGCGAGGCAGGAAGGGAAGGAGGAAGGAAGGGCUYCCCAGCCGCGGCGGGAACUACGCGUCCCGGCGUGCGCUGCYGCGGGCGGGGAGCGGCCCGGGGGCSGGAGAGCCCUGAGGCGGAGGAGGGCGCGGCUGGCGGUGCGCGGUUCUGGCGGUUCUUGAGUGGUGCUUCCCGGUGGGAGUGAAAGUCUCAGGAUGUCGAGGAACUUUACUGACACAGGCAGCAGAAAAGAGCAUGUUAAAAUCACAAGCGAGCCCAAACCAGGGUUCCUGGAGCGGCUCAGUGAGACUUCUGGAGGCAUGUUGAUGGGACUUGUGUCAUUUCUUCUGGCUUUCUACCUUCUUUUUACCAAUGAAGGACGAGCYUUAAGGACAGCCAAGUCUCUCGAUGAGGGGUUUUCUCUUGUGGUCCCUCUUGACAGCAUCCACAGUAUCUCUCAGSAGAAUGAAGGGAGACUGGUGUACUUGGCUGGUGCUCUGAGCACAUCUAAGCCUUUGUUUGACCCCAGCUAUGGGCUCUCCAUCCAGGCUGUCAAACUUAAGCGUAAUGUGGAAAUGUACCAGUGGGUCGAAUAUGAAGAUUCCAAGGAAUAUGAAGAGAAUGGUGAGAUUAAGAAAGAGACCAAGUAUUCAUACAAUACAGAGUGGAAAUCAGAAGUUGUGAACAGCAGAAACUUUGAUCGAGAAAUUGGACACAAAAACCCAAGUGCCAUGGCUGUGGAGUCUUUUACUGCUGUUUCUCCUAAUGUCCAAGUUGGCAGCUUUGUUCUUUCCAAGGGUCUCGUGGAUAAAAUUGAUGAUUUCAAGCAGUUGAGCUUGUCACACCUGGAGGAUCCCCAUGCUGAUGUGACCCGAGGAGGAGAUUACUUUUAUCACAGUGACAACCCCAGGCGUCCAGAAGUGGGAGACCUUCGUGUYUCUUUCUUCUAUGCAGGUCUGAGUGGAGAUGAUCCUUAUUUGGGCUCUGCUGAUAAGGUGACUGUGAUUGCUCGCCAGCGAGGUGAUCAGCUUGUUCCCUAUCAUACCAAGUCUGGAGAUGUUCUACAGAUUCUGUACCCUGGGGAUCUCUCUGUGGAGGAGGUGUUUCAAAAGGAGCAUCAGAGUAACACCAUGAAGACSUGGGCCCUCCGUGGAGCAGGCUGGCUCUCCAUGUUUGUGGGCAUCAGUCUGAUGACCCGAAUCUUUUACACAUUAGUGGACUGGUUUCCUGUUGUGAGGGACCUGGUUAACAUUGGAUUAAAGGCGUUUGCCCUGUGUGUGGCCAGCUCGCUGUCACUGCUGACCAUCUCCGUGGGAUGGCUCUUCUACCGCCCGCUCUGGGCCCUGCUCCUCGCGCUGCUCUCCAUAGUCCCCAUCAUGGUGGCCAAGUCCCGUGUKCCCCCCAAGAAGCAGCAGUGACGAGGAGGUGGUCGGAUCUUGGGCUGAGUCCUGGUUAGAACCUUCUCAAGUGCAUUUCUGUCCUGGUUCCUGCAGCAAGCUUACAGCAAAUCACAGCUCAGCAGCGAGCACUGAGAGCUGGGGAGGGGGCUUGAAUGUGGGUAUUGAUACACGUUAUCCAUAGGACUAUGGGAUGCUGUUUGUGGAAAGUCAGUGACACUAGGUUGGGGRAAAAAGCAUUUUGGAGUGUGAGUGUAUUGAUGGUAAGUUAGCGAACAAGCAGAUUUGAACCUCUUACUGCUUAGUAAUUCCCCCUCAUUUGAGAACUGGCAAGUCUUGCUGGGUGGGGCACCUCGUGUUUUUGAAGAAAGUGCCAGCUGCAUCCCAUGGACUGUGGUUAGAUAUUCUGAGGAAAUACUUGUGUGUACCUGUCUCUGACAAACCCUCCUUCUGCUGCCUUUUCUUGUUUGCACAGUCAGGAACACUCCUUUGGCUUAUGUGUUUGACAGUGUGUGUCCAAAGGGAAAACACAGCUUAGGUAAAUUCCACACAGCUCUCAUGURAACCCUCUGCUUUUGGACUGAGGAUUUUCAAAGUCGUUGAUGUAAUGAGUGGCCAGGUUAGCAAUGCUCUGAGGUUGGGUGAAUUUAUCARGAAAUACUGAUUUCCCCCAGGUUUUAAAAGUCUCUCAAGUAGUUGUUGGUUAGGCAUCCAAAAUGAUAGCCUGGGCUAUAACAUUGCAGAACUAUUUCAAAAAUUUCACUUCAGAUUGCACAUGAAGGGGUAUUCAGAGGUCAUUCACCUGUAAAUAUAAAACUGGCUGCCUUGAAAUAAUAUUUUUUAUAAUUGAAUGCGUAGUCCUUAAAAUAGUUGGGKUUUUUUUGCUGUGUAUACUGUUCCUUUCUUGAAUUUCACUUAGUAAGGAUAAUGAACAUACUCCAUGAAAUUAAGUAAUGGAAACAUUUUUGCCUGAUUGAUUUUCUUAGAUUUUAGUAUUGUGAGUUUUGUAUCAUAUUAGAGGAAUGCCUUGUAAUGUUGUGAUGGCUCAUGUUUACAUUCUUCUGCUGUAAUAAGUACUUGAGGUGGAGACACUCAAGUCUGUCCACCAACCUGGAGUCUGGCUUCCAGAUGGGCCCUCCCUACACGACUKUGUUUUGGGGGUUUUUGUAAGUAUUCACAAUUCAGUACAAAAAUAAUGUCAAUUAUGAAAUCUGUUUAUGAUCCUCAGCAGAGUAUUUUCUUUACCAAAGGAACUUGAACAUACAUAGAAGCAAACCUUUGCUAGAAAUGGUACUCAAAUAUGACUCUGAGUUAGAAAUCAGAAAUGUUUUUGAGAAAUCA